GUACAACAACAAAUAUACAUAUAGAGAGAUACUCAGACAUAUACACCAAACACUCUGAUACUUCUCUCCAUAUAUACAUAUCUCUCCUGUGUUCUUGAAACAUAGCCAAAUUAAAAGCGGAGGAUCAAAUGACAAGUGUUCAUGAGGAGACGCGUCUAGUACUCCUCAUCAAGGGCAAACGCACCAAACGUCAGCGAUCUGCGUCUCCUCAUAUGAAUGCAGAAGCAAUGUCAAGCGUUUGCAACGAGGAACGAUCACUGGAGGCAAGAGAAGAAGGAGCUGAUGAAAUCAAAUUCUUGGGAGCUACGGACGAAGACCAAGACAUGGCGAAUUGUCUAAUGUUGUUGUCCAAAGGGCAUAAAUCAAAAGGUAGUGGUGAUCAUUUGUCGACGCAAAAAAUUGGUUUCUUGAGCGACAAGAAACCGGUGACUCCUCUAGGGCUAGGGCGAGACGGUGUUUACCAGUGCAAAACGUGUGAUAAAAGCUUCCACUCGUUUCAAGCGCUAGGAGGACACAGGACUAGCCAUAAGAAGCCUAAACUCGGAGCAACCAUUCUCAAAUGCAACGAGAAGAAAUCUGCGGUGUCUGCAGUUAAAACAGUUGAAGCUGCGAGAGUUGUAGGAAGCUUUCUUUCUCUACAAGUAACUAGCAGUGACGGUAGCAAGAAACAGGAGAAAACACAUGAAUGUUCGAUCUGCAAGGCUGAGUUUUCUUCAGGACAAGCCUUGGGAGGUCACAUGAGAAGGCAUAGAGGUUUAACAUUGAAUGCAAAUGCUAACUCAACAAUCAAAACAGCGACAUCAUCAAUUCAUCAUCAAGAAUCUAUACGGGAAAAGAACUUUAUGGAGUUAGAUCUUAAUCUUCCAGCGCCAGAAGAUGAACCUAAACUCGUGUUUGCGUCCAAAGAUCAGAUUCUCCUCUUCGCGGCUGCGUCCAAUUCUUUGAUUGAUUGUCAUCACUAAUUAAGUAGUUGUUGUAAUUAAUAACUUCUUUAACCUUCACAUGUUAAUCAUUAACCCUCCUAUUACUAUAAUCUAAUUAAUACUGAUUCUUGUAAUUUGACAUUGAUUGAGUUAACUUCAUCAUUGCUUCAGUUUAUGGUCGUCAGCUUCAUUGCUCCAUAUAUACUAUUUUGCUUGAGUGUGGUAAU